AUGGCGCCCGCCCGGAGCUGCGGGGCGGCGGGGCAACGGCCUGGCCUGCGCGCGGGGCCCGACCCCGACCGCCCGGCCCCGGCGCGAGCGCAGCGGGAGGGUCGGCGCGGGCGUCCGCGGGCGGCCACGGAGGCCCCAGGGCAGCGCCGGGGACAGCGAGGGCUCGGGGACAUCAGGGGUCCAGAGACCCAGGACGAGCACAGAGCAGCGGUGGCCAGGGAGGCCACGGGGCAGUGGGCUACUACCAACACCAAACACCGGCUUGUAGGCCCAGAUUCCUCAGAAGUGCAGCUAAGUCCGGCGCAGGGAGCCCUGGGGCCGGGGAGGACGCGAAGCUCCCGGAGCACCCCGCGGACCACGAGGAUCGCCGUGCGGGGGUCGGGGGAAGGGCCCGGGUCCCGCGCAGGGCGCGUCUGUCCGGAAGCCACCAAUGAGCGCGCGGGAGAGCGCUCCGCCCCGGCCCCGGCCCCGGCCCCGGCCCCGCCCCCGCGCUCACUCCCCCGGAAGGUGCCUGGACGUCUGCGGACCCCGACCCUGCGGAGGACCAUGGCCGUUAUGGGGUCACUGCGAGACUGCCAGGCGUGGAAGGCUGUCGGGCUUCCACUCUCCACCUCAAGCAAUGAAGCCUGCAAGCUGUUUGACGCCACCCUGACCCAGUAUGUAAAGUGGACCAAUGACAAGAGUCUUGGUGGCAUUGAGGGCUGCCUGACAAAGCUGAAAGCCGCAGACCCGACCUUCGCCAUGGGCCAUGCCAUCUCUAAUGGGCUCGUGCUUGUUGGCACUGGGAGCUCCGUGAAGCUGGACAAAGAGCUAGACCUGGCUGUGAAGACGAUGGUGGACAUCUCAAAGUCCCAGCAGCUGACCCCUCGGGAGCGGCUGCACGUGUCUGCAGUGGAGAUGUUUGCCAAGGGGAACUUCCCCAGAGCCUGUGACCUGUGGGAACAGAUUCUCCGGGACCACCCAACUGACAUGUUGGCCCUGAAGUUUUCCCAUGAUGCCUAUUUUUACUUGGGGUACCAGGAACAGAUGCGGGAUUCUGUUGCUCGUGUUUACCCCUUCUGGACACCCGACGUUCCCCUUAGUAGCUACGUGAAGGGCAUCUAUUCUUUCGGGUUGAUGGAAACCAACUUCUACGACCAGGCACAAAAACUCGCCAAAGAGGCAUUGUCUGUUGAGCCGACGGACGCGUGGUCAGUGCACACCAUCGCCCACGUGCACGAGAUGAGAGCGGAGGUCAGGGAGGGGCUGGAGUUCAUGCAGCAUUCCGAAGCCCACUGGAAGGACUCCGAUAUGCUUGCUUGCCACAAUUAUUGGCACUGGGCCCUGUACUUGAUUGAAAAGGGUGAAUAUGAGGCUGCACUGACCAUUUACGACAACCACAUCCUCCCCAGCCUGAGGGCCAGCGGUGCCAUGCUGGAUGUGGUGGACAGCUGCUCCAUGCUCUACCGCCUUCAGAUGGAAGGGGUGUCUGUGGGACAGCGGUGGCAGGACGUCCUACCUGUGACCCAGAAGCACACCAGGGACCACAUCCUGCUGUUCAACGACGCUCACUUCCUGAUGGCAUCCCUGGGUGCCAAGGCUUCCCAGACCACACAGGAGCUGCUGACCACCCUGCAGGAGGCCAGCCAGUCCCCAGGGGAGAACUGCCAGCACCAGUUGGCACGAGAUGUCGGGCUGCCCCUGUGCCAGGCCCUGGUGGAGGCAGAGAAUGGGAACCCUGACCGCGUCCUGGAGCUGCUCCUGCCUGUCCGCUACCGCCUCGUCCAGAUCGGAGGCAGCAAUGCCCAGAGAGAUGUCUUCAGCCAGCUGCUGAUUCACGCAGCCCUCAACUGCAGUUCGCGUAGCCAUAGGAACGUGGCCCGGAGCCUUCUGAUGGAACGUGAUGCCUUGAAGCCCAACUCGCCUCUGACUGAGCGGCUCAUUCGCAAAGCGGCUGCUGUCCAUCUCAUGUAGUGACCUUGACAGGUCCUUGGCCUGCAGCAGUGCCCUCUGUACCUUAGGCAGGUUGUCUGGCUAGAACAGGGUUAGGAGACAGCUGGGGUCUGAGUGUCAGAGGACAAGUUCAGCUUUGAGCAGAAAGCCCUCACACAGGGGACAUGAGUUAAUUUUUUUUUGGGGGGGACACACUCUCUAGUCCAGGCUGGCCUUCAGCUCCCUGUGUAGUCAAUGAUGACCUUGAACUUCUGAUCCUCCUGUCUACUUGCUGAUUAUAGAGAUGCACCAAGUUAAUUUCAAGCAUGACUCAGAUGUCCUCAGUCCUUGCUAAGGGACAGCACGUUUUUAAGCUUUAGAAGAAAAGCAAGCUGCCAGUUGCAGGGGUUUCCUCCAGACACACAUACUGCGCUUCCCGGCCACCCACGAGCUGGAAGGCAGAGCAGAGGUCAGGCUGAGCCCCGAAUACCUCCUCACCAGACACAGGGCAAAUCGGUUCUCCUGGCUUUCCUUAUCCUCCGGACAGGUCUCCUGCCCCACUUCUCAGGGGAGGGGACCAGAGAAGGCACGUAACCUGCCUGGGGCCCCAGCCUGCUGCCCUCCUCACAGAUAAAGGUGCAGACGGAGCACCUCCUACUGUCUCUGGAGGGAAGAAUCCUGCCGCGCUGGGGCCCACCAUUAGAACACACACAGUCACCUUAACAGCCCUCUGCUGCCUGAGCUGAGGCCAUCUCGAACUAUAGCUGACUCUGAUCCAUGUGCCUUCCUGCCUCACUCUCUCACCCCGCUGCAGCAGAACUGCCUCCUGUUGCCAGGGAAACACUGGUCCGUGUGAGUUAUGGCCCUGGAUUCUGUCUAGUGCCUCUGUGGCUCUUAGCACCUGAGUCGUGUGGAGCAAAGCUUUCCUUCCUCUCCCCAAAGUUACAAGAAGCCUCCUGUUUCCUCAGAACCUGCAAACCCUCUCUGGUUUCCGUGACCCCGCUGUGCUUUCAUGACAAUAUUAUCCAUCUUUAAUAAACCUUUCCCCCCACCAAUAAA